GAGCGCUGCACUCAACACAACUCUAUUACAUAAUGUGUCAAACGUUUCAUACAUUUAAAUAUCAGUGAAUGUAAACAAAUUGUCGUUUCUCUUGUCAACUAACCCAUGGAUGCCAUCAAUAAUCCAAAUCACAUCCAUCACAACCAAUCCAAGACAUCGAUCACAUCCAUGAAUGGUAGUGUCGGUGCCUGUUAUGCCAAGACAUCAUCCAAUGGACCAAAGAUGUCCACCGAAGACCAGUUUAAGGCAGCCGUCAAUGUCAUCAAACAAUUGCCUAAAAAUGGCCCAUUCCAGCCCUCGGAUGACCUGAAGCUGCGGUUCUAUGCGCUCUACAAACAGGCGACCGACGGCCCCAACACCACCAAAAAGCCUGCCUUUUAUGAUAUCGUCAACCGAUAUAAAUGGGACGCUUGGAAGCGCUUGGGAGACAUGUCCGCCCAGACAGCUAUGGACUCAUAUGUCGAUGAACUCAAAAAAGUCAUCGAAACCAUGUCUUUCAAUGAAUCGGUGUCCGAGUUUUACGAAGUGUUGGGACCUUUCCAUGAGUUUCUGCCCCCAGAGACAAAUGGAUCGGACGAUAGUAAUAACUCUAACGAUGCAAAUGAACUGCAAGUCGAGAAUGAAAGUGACCGUCUUGUGCACAAAAUGAUCAAAGUUGGAAAGAAAAUCCCCAAAAACCCAUAUAAAGAUAUGUUCCAAACAAAUGGAGACGAUUUAGGAAUUGAUAGCGAAGGCGAAGAAUUCUCUGAUACUUAUGAUCACAUCGGAGAGAACGGAGAGAUUCCAGUUGUUGAGCGAAAUGGAAGUGAUUUCUCGAUCAAAGACAUGGUGUCUGUGAGGGGCGGCAAUGAUAGCAAUCCAAGCGCUCACAUCUCGCCAUCCAAUUCAACAAAUCCUAGAAACGAGGCGUCCGUUCGAAACAAUAACACGAGGGGUAUGCCUUCCGGACAAGACCUACGGCCCCACAACUCAAGAGGUGACGGCGGACCAGGAGGUCAUGGGUCUAAUCCACGCGACUAUUCGAUUGGAAUCAAUGAACAGUUGGCUUUGGCUGUAAUUAGACUCCAGCAGAGUAUGGAUCAGGUGGUGAACAGACUGGACGCUCUCGAAUCGAUGCUAAGUCGAGAAACUCGGAACAAGUCGAGUCCCAAAAAUAAGUCAAGCGUUUGGCCGUUUGAAGAGCUCAGGCCUCAAACAGCACUCGUAUUACUAGUUUGGCCUCUUGUGGUCCAAUGGAUCGUUCAAUACAUUCAAUUCAAAAGGCGUAACAAAUAGAAGAAAUGAUUAUAAUUUUUAAAUUAUAUAAACAGAUCUUAUCUUUAUUUUAAUUACAAUUAUA